AUGCAGCAGCAGCCAUUUGAACGCGCGAAUCAGCACCCGAUGGCGAUGCCACGACACGAAGGCCUCGUCAAGGCAGACAUUGGACUUGGGAGGGCCCUCGACGUCGUCGUCGUCGCACAUGGCUCUGACACAGAUGAGGUCAGCUUGCAGCCCUUGUCUCCUUCCAUUAUCCGCGGCUUCCUCUCGUCUGCUGCAUGCCAGCCGCUGCUAGGAGUCAUCUCGAUAACAUGA